CUCGGACUAAUUGAAUCUUUCCAUGGGUGCUCUGAGCGGUGGCUGUGGCUGUGGCCGUGGCGGGCUCUGGGGGUGGAACGGUCCCCGGAGGAACGAGGGAUCGUCGCGGCGUCCUCGUCGGAGGAGCUCGAGGCCUUCGGAUUCCGCGGAGCCGGCCGGGAGCGUCGCUCGCCGGUUCCCCCUCAAGCAAGCGGCGACGGCGGGCUCGCUCGCUCUCGCCGGCGACACGAUAGCUCAGGUCAGGGAGCGCCUGAGAAGGAAGAGGGAGGAGGGCUCGGCGGGACCUUCCUCGCCUGGAUCGGACAUUGAUGGUGCUCGCGAGGACAUCAUUCGCAUUCUUUUUUCAGAUCAUGACUGGUUUCGGGCCCUGCGCAUGACUUCUUAUGGAUUCCUUUUCUAUGGCCCCGGUUCUUAUGUCUGGUAUCAGUAUCUUGAUCAAAAUUUGCCUAAGCCAACAGUUGAGAACUUGAUGCUGAAGGUAUUGUUAAACCAGAUCGUGCUUGGCCCUACAGUUAUUGCGAUUGUUUUUGCUUGGAACAACUUAUGGCAAGGGAAGUUAUCCGAGCUUCCUAAAAAGUAUCAAAAAGGUGCUCUUCCCACACUACUCUGUGGUAAAGUUCUGGAUCCCUGUCAGUGCAUUGAAUUUCUGACUUUCCGGCUUUCUUCUUAUUAUGUAGAAAAGCUGGGGUGGCCUAUCUCGCCAUCAGGAAGUUCAGAGAAGCGCUCGGGGAUUUUCAGCGGGUUUCUUUUUCCCCGGACAAUAAUAGUCGACACUGUCUGCUUUCGUGUAUUUGAAAUCCGAAUGUGGUCGGCUUCACCGAUCAAUUAUUCCCUCCGCUUAUUCAUUUGGAAUCGCCUGUCAAAUGAUGUGAUUUCGCUCUGUACGUUCUUCUGUGCUUCCAUGAUCAGGCUUCGAACAUUUGUCCCCGCAAUUUCGAUGUCACGAAAAGAGUGAAAGAAUGCGAAAAUGGGCUGAUGCAACUUCAGCGAGCAAUCAUCUUGCCCGAACCCAAACCCACGUCCUCGACUAACCGCCGAGGAGCAAUCAUCCUGCCCGAACCGACGGCGGCGGCCAAACUCAAA